AUGGAUUCUCUGGCAGAUGCAAACCACACUGCAGUGACAGAAUUUAUUCUAUUAGGCUUAACAGAAGAGCCUACUCUUCAAAUCAUCCUCUUCAUGGUGAUCCUUUGCAUCUAUCUAGUGACUGUAUCUGGUAAUCUUAGCACAAUCAUUCUUAUCAGAAUUGCUUCUCAGCUUCAUCAUCCUAUGUAUUUUUUCCUCAGCCACUUGGCACUGGCUGAUAUAGGCUACUCAUCCUCUGUCACACCCAAUAUGCUUGUCAACUUCUUGGUAGAGAGAAAUACAAUCUCCUAUCUCGGAUGUGCCAUUCAGCUUGGUUCAGCUGUUUUCUUUGGGACAGUGGAGUGCUUUCUUCUGGCUGCCAUGGCCUAUGACCGCUUUGUAGCAAUCUGCAGCCCACUGCUCUAUUCAACCAAAAUGUCCAUGCAGGUCUGUGUCCAGUUAUUCUGUGUGGCUUAUGUAGGUGGGUUUCUCAAUGCUUCCUCUUUUACAAUUUCCUUCUUUUCUUUAUCUUUCUGUGGACCAAAUCAGGUCAAUCAUUUUUUCUGUGAUUUUGCUCCUUUAGUUAAGCUUUCCUGUUCUGAUGUCAGUAUUCCUGCAGUGGUCCCCUCGUUCUCUGCUGGCUCCAUCAUUGUGGUCACAGUGUUCGUCAUAGCUGUCUCCUACAUCUACAUCCUCAUCACCAUCCUGAAGAUGCGCUCCACUGAGGGCCGCUACAAGGCCUUCUCCACCUGCACCUCCCACCUCACUGCAGUGACUCUCUUCUAUGGAACCAUUACAUUUAUUUAUGUGAUGCCCAAGUCCAGUUACUCAACUGACCAGAAUAAGAUAGUAUCUGUUUUCUACAUGGUGGUGAUCCCCAUGUUAAAUCCCCUCAUUUACAGUCUUAGAAAUAAUGAGAUUAAGGGGGCACUCAAAAGACAGCUUGGUAGAAAAAGAUUUUCUUAA